CCAGUCCCUUGUCCUCUCGCGACCACUACGAAGGUCCGUCAUCAUACGCAGGGAGACGUACGGCUCGUGGUUGGCGCAGGAAGGCGCAGAAAAUCCGGACAUCACCCAGGCUCAAUGGGACAGCUUCGGCAGCGCCUGUGUCGAUUGCCCACAGCUCGACUGUGAUGUGCUCGCAUCGAUCCUUUCCCAUCUACCGAACCUGAAACGCUUGACGUUGCACGGCUUGAGACUGGUGCUCCCCGACGCCACUCGGGCUAUGGAAGCCACGCUGCUGACUCGAAAGCUCGAUUACUUCGAGCUCAGCGAGAUCUGGGCCGUAGGCGAUGCAUCCCUAAUACCCUCCCUGUUUACCUCACUGCUCUUGAGCUCUGUGCGGGAAUUGGUGAUGGAGGAAUGUGGCGGCACCGCUGACGCCGCCGCCGACAUGAUGCACUCGCCGAGCAAGCGGUGCCAGCUGCAAGUCAACGUUGAGUAUCUCACCAUGCGCGGGGCCUUUCAAUUGUCUCUGGGAAAAUACGGGAAGUUCCUGGAUGUCCGUACAUUGCGUUCCUUGUCGCUGCAGAAAAGCGAUUGGGCCACGCCGGAUCUUGCAGAGAGCGCGUGGCGUUUCAUACGCGACCGGUGCAAAUACCUUGAAGAGGUUGACGUUGACCUUGAGGAUGUCAUCCAGCUGGGGCUACGCGAGAGCCAAGACGAUCACUAUGACGAGGAACAGUCGCCCCCCACCAUGUGGCUCAGACUUGGAGAGGCACUCUCCUCGUGUAAGAAGCUCUCCCGUCUCUGCCUUCGUUUUGCGUUGUCGAAAGCAAAGGAAUACCCUGAGAAGCGGCGUCCUUCGUCGUUCCGAAUGUUCGGCAGCAUCUUCUCCGGAGCUGGCAUGCCAGCACUCAGCGAGCUGCAGAUUCAACUAGAAUGGAAACCGGAUACCGAAAUAUUGGCGGACAUACAAACAGUGGAGCUCUGGGACAUUGGCAAGCUCAAUGAAAUCGAGUCGCGUCGCGCGGGGUUCCCCGAUUUACAGCGCGUGGCGAUCACCUGCGCGGUUUCAGGCAGCACCGACGAACAGUGCAAGGCGCUCUUUGGACAACGGAUGGAGCGUGAGCUGAUAGGCCUCCACGAAGCAAACAAGUUGUCGAUCUCCUUUGCCAUCGGCGAGGGAAGAUGUACUGGAGAGCCGAGUCCGUAAAAUACCAAUGAGUCGAUAACGGAUGAUCGGAAUGGGCGAUGGGUGAUCGAUACAUGACUGCUUUUUGAGCCGUAGUCAUUCGAGUAGCUUCAUGGAUAGGUGCAAUACUGACUUCGAUCGCUUCCCCCGUGUCUUGCCGGAGUGGUCGUUUCUUGUAGGCAAGAGAUCUGCCGGAGUGCCUGCCCUCGUACUUAAUUUCUUUGGUUGCCCUAUGUACGCCGGCUGUCGUUCGCAUCAGAUUGAGAGCUAAAUGGAUUGAAGGCUCGACAAGGCGACGGCCGAGCCCUUUGAACAGCAAUCACGUUAUUGUGGGACAAAACAGGGUGAUCCCGCCAGUUCAACGGCACACGCAAUGCCUUUCACACAAAGAGCUAGCACAGCUGAUUUGGGUUCGGCUCAUCGUUACAACGGUCCGCACACAUGCUCAAAUAUCUGAAGACUGGCACAGGUACAGACGACGUUUCCAGAACCGGCUUCACCUCGAGGCGGUCAGAAUGCCGUCAUCCCGCAUUGGCUCUCUACAUCGGCAAUCCUUACAGGGCAUACCAAGCCUAGUCGACGGCGGCGAAGAAAACACGGCUACACCGGUAUGAAUGCAAGACCUUUCGAGGGCCCUGAUGGCAGUUUGUGAGGCUAUGUCGACGUCCGUGCAUUUGACUUGAGGCUGUGAAAUACUAGGACACAAGACACGCUUGGACCACGGAUCGACCAGACUCCGCGCGGGUUUACGACAAUCCUUGUCAUCUAUCUAACGCCCGUGACUUAUCGCGGCAGCAUCGCGCGCGAGUUGGUCCGAUCGGACACUGGUACGAACACGAGGUAACACCUCCCCGAGGCGCUUUGCGGCCGCCGCAGCAAUAAAUAGACGGUUGCUUCACCGUCCCACACCCCAAUCCACCGUGUCACCAACCUGAACUGGGGGUGUUUGUAAACCUGAACGAAGAUUAUGCGUCUACUGGACACGCGAACUGGUCUCUUUGUGUUCGUUCACGACCCUCGCAAGAUACGCUAUGCAAUCGUCUCGCAUACGUGGGACCCGAUCGGCGAACAGACCUACCAAGACGUCCUGGAGGUCCACAAGCACUACAAGGACAUCUUUGCGAAUGACCCAUCCCGUUCGUCUGAUGACGAUGGGACUGAGGCCCAACCCGAUCCCGUGUACAACUCGAUGACUACCUCGGAGAUGUCGGGCAACGAACCGGAGCUCACAGCCCAGGCAGCUCUAGACGACUCAAAAUCUGAGGAAGGAGGAUGUCAGUUCAACCAUGGCACGGACAGUACCGCGUCCGGAGACAGGUUAGAGAACACGACUUUCGAGGAGAGCGCGAAGGAUCCCGACUUGGCAGACGACAACCCCUCUAUGGACGACGUCCCCUUUUCCACGUCUACGCCAACCAGCUCCACUGAGCCUAUGCCCGAUUCGGACACGUCCCAGGCCGACUCCGACUCGCACAACUUCAAGUUUGGGGACCCACCCAUCAUCCCAGAUAUGGACGCUCUGCUCAACAACGGUCGUACAGUCCUCCGAGAUCCCAGACUCUCCGUGAAGGUUCGGCGAUCCUGCCUCACCGCUCGCCUCGACGGCUUCACCCUCCUAUGGCUCGACUCCUGCUGCAUCGACAAGGCAAGCAGCGCAGAGCUCUCCGAGGCAAUCAACUCCAUGUACGAGUGGUACGAGCUGUCCACCAUCUGCUAUUCUUACCUUGCGGACGUGCCCGACGACGACAUUCCCGAGGCCCCAGAGUCCUACUUCCGGAAGAGCCGACUGCACACGCGCGGCUGGACGUUGCAGGAGCUCAUUGCGCCACGCUACAACGUGUUCCUUUCUGGACCGAACUGGAGGGUGUUGGGGACGAAGCUGACGCUGGCACACGUCCUGGAGGAGAUCACUGGGAUCGAUGUGGAGGUGUUGACGCACCAGAAGCCGGUGGAUGCGGUAGGGAUUGCGAAGCGCAUGUGGUGGGCGUCGAAGCGUGAGACGACGCGGAUCGAAGACGAGGCGUACUCGCUUAUGGGGAUCUUCGGUGUGAACAUGCCGACGGUCUAUGGCGAGGGCCGAAACGCGUUUAUCCGGCUACAGGAGGAGAUUCUGAAGCACACGCCGUACGACCAGAGCCUGUUCGCGUGGGGGCCAUGUUGGCGGUUUGGUGAGGGGCUUGAACCGGAUCCUGUCCCCGUUCGUGGCGGCUGGGCGGUUCGUAGGGUGCUUGGGAACAGGGACUGGUUCGUUGACAUGUAUGGGCUUCUCGCUGGCUCUCCCAAAGACUUUGCCUGCUCUGCCAACGUCGAAGGGGUUGUCCACAGUUGGUUCAUGAAGCAGCUUGGACUUAAAUCGAGCACCGCAGGUCGGCCCGAGUACCACCUUUCCUUCGACAUCCGAACUCGCCUUCCUAUCAUCUCUGCCAAAGCUAUCAAACCAUUUUUGCCCCCAGAUUCGGUUCGCAACCUCGACUUCGACAUGCUGGCUAUCCUGGAAUGCGCCGAUACCUCCAGCGCCCACUUCAUCGCUCUACCCUUGCGACGUGAACAAGGGAAGGAGCCAGAAGACGACCCACUCAUGGUGGGUGCAACCGCAGAGGGCGGCCGAUCUCAGGACACGUUCUACCGGAUGUUCGCGCUUUCCAUAGACGUACUCCAGCAUUGUUCACGGCACAUUGCAGUCGAGGAUGUUCGUGUCUUGGGCCGCCCGCGCAACGUCCGGAUCGACGGCUUGGGCAUCCUCGAUAGCGUCAGUGGUCCCCUCCGGUCCCACUUCGCGUUCUUUCAGAUUACCCCGGAAUACUGGUGCAUCCCACUCUUGGCUCGUCAUGGCUUUGCCCUCGCCCGCGCCCACCAGAAGUACAUCCCCGCUCUCGAAUUCUACCUGACUCGUGCCGGAGACGAGUUCCUCGAGCGCAUUAUCGUUCGCAUCCAUGUUACCCCUACAGAUCUCUCGAGCAACCAUUUUCGCGAAGUCGAGCGUUUCUCCGUCUGUUACAAGAUUGCGCAUGCCAAAGGAGGGCCGCUGGCGCCUGUGUACAUCGGCGACCUGCAUCUGGGGGAUCUGCCCAUUCUCGAAGAUCUUCCAUGCAUCGAAGUCUCCAACCGAUUCCAGCAGCUGUCGACGAAUCCGAAGUGGGCUGUCUUUGAGCUUCACGGUCCCACACAGGACACCGUGCGCACGCUGAGGAUCAGCUUCCGCUGGGGCGAGCUGGGGGCUCCCUCUGAGCUGAUGCGUGCCCGCGUCGCUGUGGAGUUGUCAGAGCCGUAUGUGCCGAAGAAGAAAUUCGAAGGGCCGACGAUAGACUCCAACUACAUCCCAAUCAAGCCGCACAAAGACAGACUGGUACGAGAGCAGCAGGCGAGGCAGGACGGUCUUCUCAUAGGUAUGUGGAAGCAUUGGGUCACAGAUCAUUGCGCGCACGGCCCCGAUGACGUCUUCUCACGAUCUGCUGUCCUAAUCGACUUGGUCGGGGCGGAGGACGAGGCGGGCACAGGGCGGAUGCCUUGGGAGCUGUGGUGACUGUCUAUACAAUGUACCUCACAACGCCAACGACUAGCACUGCUGUGAUCAAGCUCGUGAUGUCAAUGGGCUCAUGGACAUCAAUCGAAAACCCCGGAGGAAUGCCACCGUCUGCAUUGCAGAAUGUGUAGUGAGUGAGGAUGUUAGUACUCUAGACCGAAAGACCAAUGAUCUUCUGAGUAACCACACGUACUCACUGAACCUCUGCCCACCCCAUCCACUGAGGCCACAUCAAUAUGAGCGGAAUCGUGACUUGGGCAGACGUCGACAAUGCUCACGUCGUGUACGUCCGUCUACACGUCAUCUUCGUACAUAGAAUCGUUCGCAUUGUUUUCUCACUCUCGC